AUGGCUGUCAGAGCAGCACACCCGAUCCAAUCAGAAUUGGUCCAAUCAGAAUUGGUCCAAUCAGAAUUGGUCCAAUCAGAAUUGGUCCAAUCAGAAUUGGUCCAAUCAGAAUUGGCCCAAUCAGAAUUGUCCCAGCCGGAAUUGGUCCAAUCAGAAUUGUCCCAGCCGGAAUUGGUCCAGUUGAAACUGGCCCAAGUAGAGGGCCGGAAUCUCCAGAGUAUAAGCCCGUCGGCAGGGGUAGAUUACAGCGCGCUGGAGGACGCCAAUAGUCGUGUGAUAUGUUGGGGAUCCCGUCGCGACCGCAUCUGGGCUGGAGCGUCGUCGUGUAUGUCCUGCUCGUCUUUCGGUUACGUGGCAGUUCGUCUAUUGUGUUUAUUUCUGGAGCUAGGUUGCUACCUGAUUGUUGGUUAUUUCUCAUACAGACUGCUAAUUGAGAGGCCGUCGCUUACCCAUUUAGGUUACAUGCCGUACUCUGCUUUGAACUCUGUUGCUUCUCUUGGUAUGUUCUCCACACCCCACUGGCCACUGAAGAACUACAAGCAUUUGAAUGUACUAACACUGGCGUACUCCAUACCUGGCUCCUGGUUUCCUAGCAACUGUCUCAGCGGAUAUGAGAACCGUCUUGGGGCCUAUUCGUUAAACGUGGUAUCAGCAUACUUGACUAUUGUUGUGUUUGUUGCACUAAUCUAUUUAUCAGCAUACUACACUAUUGACUCAUCUACGAUCAAAUCUAACGUGGCUAAGGAUCGAAAAACCAUUACGAACAAUACAGCAAGAAGCCAUGGGAAGGAUCGGAAGAAGGAAGAGACAUUAAUAUAUCCAUCAUCAUCUAAGAAAGUGAGUAUAAGACUGCCGAAUGACGGAACCCAACAUAACUAUGAGGAUAGGGACUAUGAGGAUAGGGACUAUGAGGAUAGGGACUAUGAGGAUAGGGACUAUGAGGAUAGGGACUAUGAGGAUAGAAGGAAAAUAAGUUCUGUAGAGCCGACUUCCGUAGAACCGACUUCCGUAGAACCGGCUUCCGUAGAACCGGCUUUACGGAA